UUCUCUUUCUUGCUUCUCAUUCCUUUGCUUGCAACCAGUUAACCCUCCCUUCUGUAGUUUGUUGCCGAAGCUCUUAUCGCCAUGGCCGACUCCAACGAAUCCCAGCCGGUCGCACCGGUCCCACGCUCCACCAAGCCCGUCAGCGAGGCCCUGCUGAACGAAAAGUGGGAUCGCGCCAUCUCCUCCCUCAUCAUCCGCUCUUCCCUCGGUCUCUCCUUCGGUGUUGUCUUCUCCGUGCUCCUCUUCAAGCGGAGAGCUUGGCCCGCGUGGGUUGGUCUCGGCUUCGGUGCCGGACGUGCUUGGGAGGAAGCUGAUUCCUCCUUCCGUCGGGGCGACUCUCCGGUCAGAGAUGCCCUGCGUAGGUAGAGUAGCUCGGGCCUCCAUUUCUGUAUGAUACCUGUAUAGCUGGGAAGGAAAACGAGCUGCAUCAAGAACAUCUUUCGUCGUGUUUGAAAUGGUCUCUUUAGACUUUUUCCUACUUUAGCAUUCAAUUCAUCGUUG